ACAACAGAGCUGAUCACAGAAAAUCCACCUGAAGAAGCUGCUUUCUCUGCUUUAGGACUCACUGAUAAACUUGCAAAGGAUUAAAGGUUUUCUCAUCAUUUUCCUUGUUUUGCAUCGCAUCAGAUGAAGUAAGAGUCUGCUGAAGAAACUGAGCAGAGAGACUGGAAGAUGUGGCUGUGGCGCAGUGUCCUGUGUGUGUCUGCGGUCUGGAGUCUGGCUCUGGACUCCAACAUCAUCCAAUCAUCCAAAGAGGCGACGUUGCAGAGCUCCGAGCAGACGAGGGGGGGCUGCAGCAACAGAGCUCAGAGGAGGCCGUUGGCGCGUGACGGGCCGGCGGACGCACAUGUCCACAGAGACGUGGACACACCGAUGCACGGCUUCAACAGAACCAAAGGGGCGGAGAUGGCGGCCUGCGUGCGCUCCGGAGACUGUGCAGAGGGUCUGUGCUGCGUUCGAUACCUGACCGGAAAACGCUGCCAGAGGAUUCCGCUGGAGGGCGACGCCUGUCUGCUGCGGGCCGCCACCAAGCUGAAGAGGACCCUGGGCCGCUGCGCCUGCGCCGCGGGUCUCACCUGCACCACCCGUCCGGCGGGGGCGGGGAAAAACAAGCGCCAGGGCGUGUGUGCGCCCUCACCUUCAAAGGGAAAGAGGAACACAAGGCACUCUGGGAAAAAAAGGAGAACGGCAGAGUGGAGCUGCUGACAUCAAUGCCCCC